AUGAGUAACUCAAGGUCUAUACAAAUAACACAGCUAACCAACAAGACAAUAUCAGAAGAGCAUUUAAACCAGUUGGUGCGCCUCGUACAGCAGCAGUUAUCGAGUUCAACAACAAAGGAAAGCGUCCUUGCUGCCCUUUCGUCAACCCAAAGCGUCAUCUUGGGAGCAUUCAGUGAAGACAUCUUGGUUGGAACUGCUAGUUUAGUCUGUUCACACUGUGUAACUGGCACUCGAGUACAUAUUGAAGAUGUUGUAGUAGAUUCGGAACAACGGGGUAAAGGUAUAGGCACCUAUUUGAUCAAUGAGACGAUUGACCGUGCGAAAAAACUACAAGCAAAAUCAAUCGAUCUUACAAGUCGACCUGAUCGUGAAGCGGCCAAUAAGCUUUAUAGAAAAUUAGGAUUUGUUCAAAGGGAAACCAAUGUAUAUAGAUAUGCGAGCCCUUGA